AUGGCUUUUGACCUGCGGCAGAAGGUGUUCCGCAUUCCAAACAACAUUGCCGUUUCGGCGGGACUGCGGUGGGACUUCAUUGGCGCGGACCCUGUCGACCUGGACCUCAGCGCCGUGUGCUUCACGAACGAAGGGAUGUUUUUGGACUGCGUCUUCUUCAACCACCCCUUUCCCACCGGUGUUAACGCGGAGGAGCUGCGCAGCUCCGGCGUCCUCGUUGAUCCGCAUCAGUUGCCCUUCAUGUUUGUUAGCGGCGACAGCAGGAUUGGCGGGGAGGAGGAGAACCAACUCCCUGGGCUCGCACUGGCCGCCAAGCGCCGGAAGUACCAACUGAAGAACGUCAACAACAGAAACAACAAAAGGAAUGAAAUGAAUCGCAUGGGUGCCAUGGAUGCACUCUUCUCUCGCCUGUACAAUUGCAAACGACAGAAAAGAGAGGUGGUGGUGUGUGGUGGGGAAAAAAAUAUAUUAUAA